AGGGCCGGAGGGAACAGGAGGGACGCGGCGGGGUUGGGUUUCACAAACGCCGGCAGGGUAUGAAAAACGGCUGAACCUUUUCGGCGGACGCUGCAACGCCAGAAAUUGACCUCUGCUCGCUAGUUCACGAAGAGAUACCGACUGAGAAACGAAGCGGCGGCCGAAAAAUGUCCAACGCCAACUGGAAACCCUUUGUUUACGGCGGACUGGCUUCCGUUACGGCGGAAUGCGGGACCUUCCCGAUCGAUUUAGCCAAGACGCGGCUCCAAGUUCAAGGCCAAGUGGGCGACAGCAAAUAUAGAGAGAUCCGCUACAGAGGCAUGUUGCAUGCUAUAGUCCGGAUAUGCCGAGAGGAGGGGCUGAGAGCACUGUACUCAGGUAUUGCUCCUGCCAUGCUGCGGCAGGCAUCUUAUGGGACCAUAAAGAUUGGCACCUACCAGAGCUUCAAACGUCUACUAGUCGACCGACCAGAGGAUGAGACACUGCUGACUAAUGUGGUGUGUGGGGUUCUCUCCGGAGUCAUCUCCUCCUCCAUUGCCAAUCCCACCGAUGUGCUGAAGAUCCGCAUGCAGGCUCAGGGAAAUUUAAUCCAAGGCAGUAUGAUGUGCAACUUCAUCAAUAUCUACCAGGAGGAGGGAACAAGAGGACUAUGGAAGGGUGUCUCUCUAACAGCUCAACGGGCUGCCAUCGUUGUCGGAGUUGAGCUCCCCGUCUAUGACAUUACAAAGAAGCAUCUGAUCAUGUCCGGCCACAUGGGCGACACCGUCUACACACACUUCCUGUCCAGUUUUGUAUGUGGCCUGGCGGGGGCUUUGGCCUCUAACCCGGUGGAUGUUGUCCGCACUCGCAUGAUGAACCAGAGAGGAGGAGCUCUGUACCAGGGAACACUGGACUGUCUGCUGCAGACAUGGCGCUCAGAGGGCUUCAUGGCCCUCUACAAGGGCUUCUUUCCCAACUGGCUCCGCCUGGGCCCGUGGAACAUCAUUUUCUUCCUCACAUAUGAACAGCUGAAGAAGAUUGAUGUUUGAUCAGUGGAACAAGACGGCAAAGAAGAGAUGAGAAUGAGGAAGCGCGCUCUCCAAGAAGGGCAGAGAGGACCAAAUAAGGAACGCCUGGUUGUAUGGAGGGGGUGGGGGUCGAUGUACCAUAUAGACCCCGUGUGUGGGGGGGCAGGGGCAGAGGCACGAGCAUUUGCCUGAUUCCAGUAUGGGCCACAUGUCUCACGAAGCCUGUGGCAAAUGUGGAAGUCGCUACUACACACACACACACACACACACACACACACACACACAUACUCAGAGAGACAGAUAGUCACUCGCACGCUUGUCUUGUGUUUCAGCUCAUCCAAAUGUCAUCUUAAGCUUUAGCCAUUCAUUUAAAUAGACUUUAGCCCCUCAGAUCCAUUUCACCUUAUUUAUUGACCAUUGAAUAAGAGGCGCAUCCAGGACACAACAGCAGUCCAGCGCUGUGACUCCCCUUUGGAUUGGCUGAAUACACAUCUCUCUUGAUUGUUCUUUUUCACUCAACACCUGGUUUAAAAAUGAACAUAUGAGGGUAUUCAAUCUUGUACACUUGUGGUGGCUUCCAGAUUGAGUGCCUUAUCCUGUGACACAGCCUGUUUGUGCCUGAGUUGCAUAAGGACUGUUAGAGAAAGAGAUCAGAUGACAAUCGAGGCGAUCAUUCCCUUUUUGAAACAAAUGUUAUAAAUGUUUGUGUGCAUGUAUCGACAAGCUUGGGCUAGCAGUCCAUCUGGUGUUAUUUUAAUUGUUUAUAUAAUGUUAAAUAGAGAAAUGGGUGUGUGGGAGGGUGAACAUAUCUUUAAAGGAGUAUAAAUGUUGAGUUAGAGCCAAGAAUGCGUCAUAGUUUACUCUUAACAGCUUGACGGCCAGAGUGCAGGUGCUGACAAAAGACACACACACACACACACACACAUACAUGCAAAAGUAUUGGUCCCGUAUGCCAGGGAGAGCUGGUGCAGGUGGUAAACAUAACCUCGCCACUGUGGUCCUUGGCUUCCUGUGUUAUUUUAGAGGCACCUUAGCUAUUCCUGACAAACCUAAGAGUAUAUGUGAUGUCAAACCACCUUCCCAGUCUGACCUCCAAGACAAGAUGGUGUAAUCAAGGUCUGUUUUGAACACAACAGUGAUCUGUCCAUCCGGAAAGGCUAAAUGCUAAAAAAAUAAAAUAAAAUAAAAAAGGCACUUAAAGCUUUACCGUUGCUGCACCUGAUCCACUCUUUAGGUAUAGAGAUUCACUCCAUUUGCUUUCUAUAUGCUGUAGAGUUUGCACGUGGUAUGUUACCUGUCAGCCGUUUCCACUGUAAAGCACGGACGUGUUGGUGGCUGCCGUGUCUGCUGGCUGUUAUUAGUGCCAAAGUCUGUAUGCAAGUGUGACAUGGUCAUACUCUCGAUGCUCAUGUAAAUGCUGCUUUCGUUCUGUAUAUUUGAAAUAAAGACAGUAAGUUAUC